AUGUCGUCCGACAAAGGCAGACAGACGUCCAGCGGGAAGCCGUCGUUCUUCUCCCGAGUCAAGCACAAGUCCGACAAACGAAAUACCAGCGAUGAGGGCAGGUUCCUCGGUCCGCUUGACAUGGACGCAUCCGGUUCUGUCGCAGCACGAACAUCGCGGCACCACAACCGCGAGUCGUCGAUCAACAACCGUGACUCGAUCAUCUCUGUUGACCGGCCCGGCUCACCCGAAUCCGGCCUCAAUAUGAUGGCCGGGGUCAUGACCUCAAUCCCAUACGACAGCGUUAGUCCGGAUCAUCGCUCUCCAGUGACGACCGAAUACGCCAGCAGCAUCGACGGGGGAUAUACUGGCCGUCGCGAACCACUGCCUCACCAACUCAAUAAAGCCACGAGCGACUACCACCAAUAUCCGUCCUUUGACCCCGCCUCCUCUUCUGCAACCGCUGCUGCUGCCGUGGCCAUGUCCAUGUACAGCGCAGCACCCGGCGCUCACCUCUCUGCCGGGAGGCUUGCGCCGGGCACAAACAACCUCACCAUGGCUUCGACUGGCCGCCAAACGCAGCUUCAGCAAUGGGGUCCGCCACGCGAGAGCAGCUACCAGACCACGUCGCACAAUUCGCGAUACAAUUCGUAUGCCCCAUCCGUCGGCCGCACCUCGACAGACCAGGCCAGCAUCAUGUCCGCGUUGCCCAGCGCAUCCUCACAAAGUUCCUACGCCUCGUAUCGCGACUUAAAUCGCACAGCCAAGACUUCCAACAGCGCAACAGUCACCACUGCCGACGGUGGCUUCGCUUUGGCGAAGCCGGACGACGACGUGGUGAUCGAGCAGAUGUUUGUAUCACUAAUGCAAAAGCGUGGAUGGCACAACCUGCCAGAGCAGGCGCGACGGCAGAUGAUCGCCUACCCUCCCACGAAGAAGUGGACGCUGAUCUACCAGGACCGGUUGACAGAGUGGCAAGGCGAACAGCGACGUCGCCAGUCGUCGCGGCCCGGCCAGUACCAGAACGUGGACAUCACGACCUUUUCGGACGAAGAGGGCUCGCCGGAGUGGUAUGUGCGCAAGGUGAUGGAGAACAGCCUGGACAGCAAGCACCUGGGCAGCCUGGAGGUCAACCUGCGGACGCAGCAGAUCGGCUGGGUAAAGCGAUUUAUCGAGUGCCAGGGCCAGGUGGCGCUCACGAACGUGCUGUUGAAGAUUAACCGCAAGAGCGCGCGCGGGCCGACGGUGCCGGACAGCGGCAAGGGCGACAAGGAUGUGGAGCGGGAGUACGACAUUGUCAAGUGCCUGAAGGCGCUGAUGAACAACAAGUAUGGUGCGGACGACGCGCUCGCGCACCAGCAGGUGCUCGUGGCGCUGUGCAUGUCGCUCAUCUCGCCGCGGCUGUCGACGCGGAAACUGGUCAGCGAAGUGCUCACGUUCUUGUCGCACUGGGGCAGCGGGGAGGGCCACAUGAAGGUGAUCCAGGCGAUGGACAGCGUCAAGAGCCAGCAGGGCGAGAACGGGCGGUUCGACGCAUGGAUGCGCAUCAUCGAGGUCACCGUGGACGGGCGCGGCAAGAUGGGCAGUCUGGUGGGCGCGAGCGAGGAGGUGCGCAGCGGGGGCAUCGGGAUGGAGAACCUGCUGAUGGAAUAUGCGGUGGCAACGCUCAUCCUGAUCAACAUGCUGGUGGAUGCGCCGGAACGAGACCUGCAGCUGCGGCUGCACAUCCGGGCGCAGUUCACGGCGUGCGGCAUCAAGCGGGUGCUGGCCAAGAUGGAGGCAUUCCAGUACGACCUGAUCGACAAGCAGAUCGAGCGGUUCCGGUCGAAUGAGGCGAUCGACUACGAGGACAUGCUGGAGCGGGACAACAGCAGCAUAAAGGAUAGCAUCGAGGGCGAGGUCAAGGAUCUGAACGACCCAGUGCAGAUCGUGGACGCGAUCCAGCAACGACUCAAAGGAUCGAAGACGCAGGACUACUUUGUGUCGGCGCUGCAGCACCUGCUGUUGAUCCGCGACAACGACGGGGAGGAGCGGCUGCGGCUGUUCCAGCUGGUGGACUCGAUGGUCAGCUACGUGGCAAUGGACCGGCGGCUGCCGGACAUGGACCUAAAGCAGAGCCUCAACUUCACGGUGCAGAACUUGCUCGACAAGCUGCACACGGACUCUGAGGCGCGGCAGGCGUUGGACGAGGCGCUGGAGGGCCGGCAGAUUGCCGAGGCGGCGAUGGCGGAGCGCGACGAGAUGAAGGCGCGGCUGGAGCUGGGGGCGGACGGGCUGGUGGCCAAGAUGCAGAAGCAGCUGGACGAGCAGACGCGAUUCAUCGAGGCGCAGCGGCGACAGGCAGACGCACUCAAGGCGGAGAUUGAGAGCGUGCAGACGCUGCGGGCGAAGGAGGCGCAGCGCAACGAGCUGGAGACACGCGAGCUGUACCUGAUGCUGCGCGACGCCCAGGAUGUGGCGGCAUCGACGGCAGCAGCGACGAAGGCGGCGGCAGGAGGGGCAGCUGGCGGUGGAGCGGGCGGCAAGCUGGGCGACGUGGAUCCGGUGCGCAUGCAAGGCAUCCUAGACCGCGAGAGACUUAUGGAGCGUCUGCGGAUGCAGAUCGAGCGGCAGAAGACGCAGUACAAGCUGGAGGGACGGGUCUGGGGCGACGCGGUGGGACCGUCAGACCGGCUGCGGGCGCUGCGCGAAGAGAUGGAGGGCUACAGCGGCGCUGGCGAUAGCGAGGGCCGGGGCGUGGAGGGCCUGCUGGGGGUGGGCGAGGGCGGGCUGUCGCCGAUGAGCGUGCUGGGAAGCGUCAGCCGGAUCAGCCGACGACCGGUGGGCAGAGGCGGACAGCAGCAGCAGCAGCAGCACCAGAACGGAGGCUUGGGCGGAUCAGGCGGCGACGAGAGCGAGGCGGGCGGCGAGGGUGGCGAGGAGGGGGGUGUGAGCGAGGGCGGCGAGGGCGACGACGUGGUGUACGAGAAGCCACGGAUGGUAUCGAUCCGGCGGCCGGUGAUCGAUCCAAAGCAACAGAACGGGCUGAUCAGCGAGAUUGCCGGCAAGGUGCGGCGGUACGACGGCAGCGACUCGGAAGACGGCGAUGGACCGACGUUUGGUUCGGUGACGUCGGUGGGCCUGCCGGUGGUGAGGCCAAAGCGGAAGCUCAAGGCGCUGCACUGGGAGAAGGUGGAUGAGACGGUGACAACACACUGGGCGGCGCACACGCCAUCGGCGGAGGAGCGCGAGGAGAAGUACCUGGAGCUCAGCCGCAAGGGCAUCUUGGACGAGGUGGAGAAGCUGUUUAUGGCGAAGGAGACGAAGAAGAUUGGCGGUGGCAGCGGGAAGAAGGACGACAAGAAGCAGAUCAUCUCGACGGAUGUGCGCAAGGCAUAUGAAAUCGCGUUUGCCAAGUUUUCGCAGCUGUCGGUGGACCGGGUGGUGCAGUUGAUCAUCCACUGCGACAAGGAGGUGCUGGACAACUCGGUAGUGAUGGAGUUUUUGCAGAAAGACGACCUGUGCAACAUUCCGGACAACGUGUCGAAGCUGCUGGCGCCGUACGGCAAGGACUGGACAGGCCCGCGGACAGAGGAGGAUACGCGCGAGGCAGACCCGGCAGAGCUGACGAGACAGGAUCAGAUAUUUUUGCUGACGGCAUACGAGCUGCACCACUACUGGAAGGGACGGAUGCGGGCGCUGGCACUGACGCGCAGCUUCGAGGCAGACUACGACGAGAUCAUGGGCAAGAUCGGGCAGGUGGUGGCGGUGUCGGAGUCGAUCCGCGACUCGGUGUCGCUGAUGAACGUGCUGGGACUGAUUCUGGACAUUGGCAACUACAUGAACGACGCGAACAAGCAGGCGCGCGGAUUUAAGCUGAGUUCGCUCGCGCGUCUGGGCAUGGUCAAGGACGACAAGAACGAGUCGACGCUGGCGGACAUGGUGGAGCGGAUUGUGCGACAGCAGUAUCCGGAGUGGGAGGCGUUUGCGACGGACAUUGGGGGAGUGCUGACGGCGCAGAAGAUCAACAUCGAGCAGCUGCAGGCGGACGCGAAGAAGUACGUGAUCAACAUCAACAGCGUGCAGAGGUCGUUUGACAGCGGCAACCUGUCGGACCCGAAGCGGUUCCACCCACAAGACCGCGUGGCGCAGGUGGUGCUGCCGGUGAUGAAGGAGGCGCGACGCAAGGCCGAGCAGAUGGAGCUGUACCUUGAGGAGAUGGUGCGAACGUACGACGACAUUAUGGCAUUUUACGGCGAGGACUCACGUGACGAGAAUGCGCGCCGCGACUUUUUCGCCAAGCUGGCGCUGUUCAUCCAGGAGUGGAAGAAAUCGCAUGAGAAGAACGUGCAGUACGAGGAGACGCGGCGGCGCAACGAGGCGAGCAUGAAGCGAAAGCACGCGGCGCAGCUGAAGGCGAACGGCGGUGUGGGCGGAGCCGGCGACCCGAUGAUACCGCUGCCGAGUCCGACGAGCGCCGGAGCCAUGGACAGCCUGCUGGAGAAGCUGCGGGCGGCAGCGCCACAGACACGUGACCAGCGAGAUCGGAGACGGCGAGCGCGGCUUAAGGACCGGCACCAGGUGCGGAUAGCGUCGGGUCAAAAGGUGGCGGACCCGAACGAGAGCGGCGACGGCGAGGCGGGACGGCCGGGCAGUGCGUCUGGAGGAGGGAGUGGAGGAGCAGCAGCCGGGAUCGAGAGACGGAGCUCGCUGUCGACGACCGGAGGAGGAAGCGAGAGCCAAGCAGCCGGUCUUUUGGGGAGUGGCAGCGGCAGCAGUGCGCUGACGCCGAUACCGGCAUCGCCUAGCGAGGGUGACGCCAACGACAACGGCGACGGCGGCGACGUGGCAGCACGAGCGGCACUGAUGCUGCAGGGGAUGCGGGGCGACGAGGCCGACGAGGAGAAGCGGGAGAGCCAGCGGAAGAUGCGGCGCCAGACGGCCGAAGAAGAGCGGCGGUCACGACGACGACGACGUGAGCGCGCCCAGUCUGGCACCAUUGUCGGCGGCGUGCCCAGUCUGGCCGAAUCGGAUGCCGGUGGCGGCAGCGAUGUGGCGCCAACGACACCGACGACACCGGCAACACCGGCAGACGAGGGGGUGAGCGAUACAGUGCGUGUGUCCGUGUCGACAAUACCAAGCACUGUGAAGGAACUGCCCGAAGUGCCAGAAGCGAGAGAGACCGAGACGGAAGAAGCGACAGCAGAGGCACAGGCGACGGAGGAAUGA